ACUGGGCGUGAGUGCUCAGAGAUACUGCCCUCUGUAGUGAACGGCGGGAAUUACACGUCUCUACAGAAACUGGGUGCAAAAUACAUACCGCCUUUCGGGUUGAAAAUAAAUAACUUCUAUCAUUAAAAUCAUGCAAGUUUGUAAAUCGUACUUUCCCAAGGAGAUACUAAACAAUAACAAAAACGUUGGUUACGCUUCUUAAAUGUAAUAUUGGCAGAGGAAUCAUCUGGUGCCUAAAAAAUGCUUGGGUUUCAAGAAACAAAAUCUACUGGAAGUCCUAAAACAUACAGUUGUGUGGCAUGUUCAGCUACUUUUCAUAAUUUGGCAUCACUCCUGGUGCACCAAGCGUCUCAUGCAAGUGAUAUCUCUCAACAGCCAGAAUCAGCAUUACCUACUUGUGUCAGCUGUGGAAGCUUAUUUACGAGCCAAGAUCUCCUUGAAAAACACCACUGUGCAAUGUUGCCCACUCCAGCAUCUCCAGUCCACACCUGCAUAUGUGACUGUGGCGAGGAGUUUAGUGAUCUUACAGCUCUUGAAGACCACAAAAAGCAACAUGGGUCAGAAGACAAGGUCAAAUCAGAUUUGGAGAGUAUUCCAGUUGUGCCAGAUAACAAAACAGCCUCCAGCCAUCCUAUCUCAGACCAAGUUUUUCACAGUCUUUCGCCAUCCCAUUCCCAUGAAAAACCCCUUGCACAAAAUCCACCUUCUACUUCAAACACUGACAUCAAGGAGAACAAAUCCAAUGAAUCUGCAGACAUGAACGGCAACAAAUCUGCAGACAUGGACGGCAACAGAUCUGCACACAUGGAUGGCAACAAAUCUGCAGACAUGGAUGGCAACAAAUCUGCAGACAUGGACGGCAACAAAUCUGCACACAUGGAUGGCAACAAAUCUGCAGACAUGGAUGGCAACAAAUCUGCAGACAUGGACGGCAACAAAUCUGCAGACAUGAAAAACAAUGAAUCUGCAGACAUGGGUGACAAUGAAUCUGCAUAUAUGGACAGCUGCGAAUCUGCAGACAUGAAAAGCAACGAAUCUGCAAAAAUGGACGGCAACGAAUCUGCAGAUAUGGAUGGCAACGAAUCUGCAGACAUAGACAGCAACAUCUUGAAGCCAUCUGAAUCCCACAGUGUUACCGAAGAGCAAGUGCAGUUACCUGAACAGGACAAUGAUGCUUUACCAUCCUCCAACGUGGUAAACAACUCUGUGCAAGACAAUGAGAAAUCACCAGAAUCUAGUGAAGAUUCAGCUGCAUUUAAUAAGAAAUCAAUCCUGAAGAUGCUAGCAUCUGCUUACAUGAGUCAUAGACAACCUGUCCAAAUGAAACAGAGGAACUUGCCCCCCAGAAAAGUUUCACCAAGAGCACCAAUACAACCUGCGAUCAUCAUGACAAUACCAAAACCCAAGCCACUGGAGAAUCAGUCAAAGACAAAAAAAGACAACACCAUGGUCGGAGUGAAAACUGCAAAGAUGUUGCCUAAGAAGAGCAAGAUUAUAUCUGUGACACAAACUCUCUGUCCUGUGGUGGUUCUUGAAACUCGCCAAAAACUUGUUGGCCGGGACAAUGUGGAAGGCAGACAUCAGUGCAGACUCUGCCGUAGGGUUUUCCAAGACGUAGACACCUUGAUAAUGCAUCAUGCCCUGCAUAAAAAAGAACGAGUAAAAUUUUGUCUUUGUUGUCAACAAUUUGUGAUAACCAUAAUCUCCGUCCCAGAAAGCCAUGUCUGCUAUGAUGGAUUUUCUAGAAACCAUCAACCUUUGAUGGGAAAAAUGUCUCUGAAACCAAUCAGCCCUACAGAUCAACAGGCAGAAAAAAUGUUCUACUGUUCUUUAUGCAAGCGUGGCUACACACGCAUACGCAGCCUCAAAAAGCACAACUGUCCCUGUAAAAAUUCUCUGAAAUCCCCGACCACUGUAGGCACCAGCGGUAAUGUCAAACUUCAAAAUUUGGAGGAGUGCAAUAGAGCUUUCCUAAACUCGAAAACAAAUCAAAUGUCAACACAGCAUAUAGAUAUUGGUGUAGGCACGGAGUCGGUAAAGAUUGAGGAACAGACCACAGAACUUCCUAUCGGCAAAAAAGAUCAGACUGGGCUGAAGAUGCAGCUGAAGGACCAGUUAAAUCCCCCGAAAACCCUUGAAUCCGUCUUUGCCAGUGUUUCUAACGCCAAACCAACUGAACCAACUAAAAACUCAGUUGAAUUACCAGCCAACAUAGGUGAUGUAAAACAAGAGGAAAGUGAUAAAUUGGUUGAAAAGCAGUGGACCAUGCCUUUGGAUGAUGCUGAAAUUGAUGUACUAAUAGAUGUGGAUCAAAAGGACUCAGAUGAGGACGAUUUGACAGAUGUGGUAGGAGACGACUGCGAUGAAGCUGAGGAUGAUGUAAUUGUAGAGCCUCAUGAGGACAUGGAAAUGAAGUCAGCAGUACCUAGUAAUGGCUUUCAGGUGCAUGUGACUAACAAAGGCUUGAAAAGGUUUGUUUGCAACGGGUGCCAGAGAAGCUAUUCCCGCCUGUUUACUCUAAAGGAGCAUUUGAGGUUUUGUGAUGCAAGAGAGUUAAAGCUGCCAAAUGUUACAUCAUCCAAUACGGCUGGGCCGAUUAAAAGGUUUCCAUGUCCUCAGUGUGGUAAGUUCUUUAGCCGCAAAGACAAUAUGAAUAUGCAUCAAAGGAAGUGCCAUCCUGCAACAAACACUGAUUCAGUAGUAAGUAACAGAACAGUGGAGCCUAAAACACCUGUAGCUCAGGAAAACUUAUUCGUCCUGUCACCAUCUACAGAAAGUCAAGCAGUCCGUCAAGAAAGCACUCCGAAUACUAGCAGUAACAGAAACUGGGGGAUCAUGUCACUUCCAUCUGUGCUCCCAAGACGAGUGACGUGCGAAUGCGGAUCCUCGUUCACUUGUCCUCGACUUCUCUUCGAACACCUGCAACAGCAUGCGCAGGAGUCCUACAUUUGUCCACACUGUGGUGAGAACCUACAAUCGUGGAUGGAUUUUGAGGCACAUCAGCAGUUGCACCAAGCUCAGAGCUCUCCAAGUGAGCAAAGAGCUGCCCAGCAGCAACCUCAUUCAUUUUCCCAAGCGCAACCAUCCCGUGCUCUGACUCGGCCGCAACAGUCUCCAGGUUUUCCUGAGCAUAACAUAAAAGCCCAACUGCCUGGACUCUUGGCACCUCAACAUUUGAACAAUAGGCCAAUUCCUGAGGCUCUGACUUGCAAUAAAUGCAAAAAGAACUUCAGUCUCCGCAGAAACUUGUUAAGACACAUACGGUUGCGUUGUAAUGGCGAUACUGCAGAUCAGAAGAAUCACACCUGCUCUCGUUGUGGUACAACAUUCCAAAGCCCAUUGAUGCUUAAAAUUCACAUUCAAAGCAAUACAUGUAAACCUGCAUUUAAACCGAUUCGGUGCCCGGUGUGUGUGCGUUGGUUCAGUUGUCUAGAUGGGCUCAAGAGACACCUGGUCUCACACAGCAGGCAGUCCGUCUUAACAUGUCAGAUUUGUGACCAGAACUGUCCAACCCCUCAGGCACUCGAGGAGCAUAAAAGAAACGUUCAUCGACUCAACAGCGGAAUGAGGCCAGCGGAGAAUGCACAACAACAGCUGCAUCAAGCUGGUGCACAAACCAGUCCAUCUACUCCUACUCCUUUUCAAUGUCACAUUUGUCUUCGCUACUAUCCAAAGCUUCAGUCCCUGAAGGAUCACUUGAGGAAAGUUCAUCGGCCAAAACAGCCGAAACAAACAAAUCGGAGUACCAUAGAACCGGUCCGUUCUGGACCGUUUCAAUGUCAGAUAUGUGACCGCUUCUAUCCUAACAUUAAAUCUCUGAAAAACCACAGAAGAAGAGUGCAUCACAUUGUGGGUGGUGUGUUUCUGCCAUCAAAGGGAACGGAGCAAAACAUCACUCCCAGUCAUUUUCAGUGUCACAUUUGCCCAGGCAGCUAUCCAGAUGAACAGUCCCUCCGAAACCACAGAAGAAGGGUCCAUCAAAUAGUGGAAGGUCAGGACCUGUCGAGGGGAAUCACUCAACACAUUCUAUACAAGUGUCAGAUUUGCCAGCGCGGCUAUCCUGAUGCAGUGUCCCUUAGAAAUCAUAGGAGGAGAGUUCAUCGUAUAUUAGGGCCAGUGCCUGAAACACCACCACCAACAACAACAACAAAUAAUGACACAGAAGAUGUUCUAGAGCAGAAACCGAUACCUUUCCUGUGAACGGUGUUCAUGCUUUCAUAAAAGGUGGAUCUGCUGCUUACGUUUAUUGCUGUAUAUGCAAAAAAAAAAAGUCAUAAGGCAGCACCUGUUGAGUAUAUUAUACCAUUUAGUAGAAGACAAAUAAUUUUGAAUAGUUCAAGUGUCAUAUCUGAUCAGUAGUGUAACAGUUUUUUUGUUGUUGUUAAUACAUUGUUUAGCUUACUCUGUAUUUCAUUGAUGUUGCCUUAAUUUAAUUCAUCUAUUAAAUACAGACCCCCCCCCCCAUACAAACAGAAAGAUUUUUGGCGAAUGCACUGUAUAAAUGUAAAAUAGAACAGUUGAUGGCUGUUUUUAAGGUAGCCAAUGUGUAUUAGUGUACUGUAAAUACAUUUUGAUGUAAACAUGUCCUACGGUGCAUCAAUAAACACAAUGGUGACAUCUUUCCAAGUCUCCAAUAAACCAAUAACAGGUGUGGUCAUACACGUUCCUUUAAAUGUAAACUCUUGAGGGUUAUACUGGGCUAAAUGUUGUAGUAAUAAUGAAACUUGCUGGACACAUCUAAAUGAUAAUGACUGAUGGAGGACUGAACAAAUAAAUAUAUGAGCUGCUUUAAGCAGUGUGCUCAGUCAAAUCUGCAUCUGAUACAAAGCCUCAGGAGGGACACCAAAUUGUCUUUUAAUUCUCAUGUGGUAGUGCUUGUGUAAAGAUUAUUUUGGCAAUGCUUUACAACUUUCUGUAUGUUAAAUUUAGUUUACACAAUAGCAAACAUGAAAAACAUGGGUUUACAUUUUGCAAGGAUAUAAUUUAUUCUAUACUAGUACAUUUUUACCAUACAAAUGAGUAAAUUAAUAUCAGUUUGUAGUAUGUAUUAGGAACAAUUUAAAAUGAUCAAUAGAAGUAGGCUAUAUUUAUAAUUUUACAUUAACUUUGAUUAAAACAUUAUGUAAAUACUGCUAAUGGUUAGUUUGUGAUGCCUGUAAAUGAAUCUACAUGAUACUUAUUUCUGUGUAAAUUAAAUGCAGCAUCAAUCACCCCUUUGUCAUGAUAUGUGCAGUAAGUUUAAUUGCUUUUUAUGUUUUCAUAUGUUUUAUUUAGAAAUUAAUUUCCAUGUAUAAUUUCAUAUUUAAAUUUAAACCAUUUCUGCAGGUGUAAUUUGUUUACCAUGUGUCUCAAAACACUUUGUUUUAUGAAACAUUUUAAUGUAUUUUUUUCUUCUCUUUUUUACUGUUAAUAAAAACGAAUAAAAUUCA